CCCUCUAAGCUGGGUAUUCUGGCAAGGUGGAGAGCUGGUCUGUUUGGCAGGACCUUCCCAUCUGGGAUCCAUCUGUGUUUCCCUGGAAUUGGACAGGCGGCUCCAGGCGGUGAGAAAUCGCAGAUGUGCGGGACCUGACACAUGUCCAGCUAAUGAAAGGAGAAGGCAGGCUGGGCUCCGGCUGCGCUGGGAGAUCACGAGCCGAGGAGGAGGAGGAGGAGGAGGGAGGAAGAGCGCUUUUAUUUAUAUUUCAAAGCAACUAGGUGUAUUCAACAGCAGCUGGAUCCUUGCAACCUCCCUCUUUAGGUUGCUGGUGAGAAGAGGGUGCCAGUGAUGCCCGGAUCGCCCGUGGAAGUGAAGAUUCAGUCCAGGUCCUCUCCUCCCAACAUGCCACCACUGCCCCCCGUCAACCCCGGCGGCCCCCGCCCAGUGUCCUUCACCCCGACUGCACUGCCCAACGGAAUAAACCAUUCCCCCCCGACUCUGAACGGGGCACCAUCCCCACCCCAGCGGUUUAGCAACGGGCCUUCCUCCUCCUCUUCCUCCUCGCUGACCAACCAGCAGCUCCCGGCCACGUGCGGUGCCCGGCAGCUCAGCAAGCUCAAGCGCUUCCUCACUACCCUCCAGCAGUUCGGCAACGACAUCUCACCAGAGAUUGGGGAGAAGGUCCGGACCCUCGUCCUGGCGUUGGUGAACUCGACGGUGACAAUCGAGGAGUUUCACUGCAAGCUGCAGGAGGCGACCAACUUCCCCCUGCGGCCGUUCGUGAUCCCCUUUCUGAAGGCCAACCUGCCGCUGCUGCAGAGGGAGCUGCUGCACUGCGCCCGCGCCGCCAAGCAGACGCCCUCCCAGUACCUGGCCCAGCACGAGCACAUCCUGCUGAACACCAACACCACGUCCCCUGCAGACUCCUCCGAGCUGCUCAUCGAGGUGAACGGGAACGGCAAAAGGCACAGUCCGGACAGGAGGGAAGAGAACAGCUUUGAGAGGGAGUCGCUGCCAACAGAGCCUCCAGCCAAGAGGGUGUGCACCAUCAGCCCCGCACCCCGGCACAGCCCUGCCCUCACCAUCCCCCUGAUGAACCCUGGGGGGCAGUUCCACCCCACCCCACCACCCCUCCAGCACUACACCUUGGAAGAUAUCGCCACCUCCCACCUCUACAGGGACCCCAGCAAGAUGUUGGAGCACAGAGAGAUUCGGGACAGGCACAGCAGUCUCGGUUUGAAUGGAGGAUACCAGGACGAGCUGGUGGACCACCGCUUAACGGAGAGAGAGUGGGCUGACGAGUGGAAGCAUCUGGAUCACGCUCUGAACUGCAUCAUGGAGAUGGUGGAGAAGACGCGGCGCUCGAUGGCGGUGCUGCGGCGCUGUCAGGAGGCCGAUCGGGAAGAGCUCAACUACUGGAAGCGUCGGUGCAGCGAGACGGCCGAGCCGCGGAAGGCGGGAGGAGACCUCAUCUCCCGGCAGCACAGCCCCGGCAGCUCCGACUCCAUCGGCAGCGCAGAUUCCUUGCGGGAGUUCAGCAGCCGCUCGGGAACGGGCUACGUCACCGAAGAGAUCUGGAAAAAAGCUGAAGAAGCGGUGAACGAGGUGAAGCGCCAGGCCAUGUCGGAGGUGCAGAAGGCAGUGGCGGAGGCCGAGCAGAAGGCCUUUGAGAUGAUCGCCUCCGAGAGGGCUCGGAUGGAGCAGACCAUUGCAGAUGCCAAGCGCCAGGCCACCGAGGAUGCUUUCUUAGUGAUAAACGAACAGGAGGAGUCCACAGAGAGCUGCUGGAACUGCGGUCGCAAAGCCAGCGAGACCUGCAGCGGCUGCAACAUCGCCCGGUACUGCGGCUCCUUCUGCCAGCACAAGGAUUGGGAGAGGCACCACCGCAUCUGCGGGCAGGGCCUGCACGGCCAGAGCAAGCCCCUGGCUCUGCCCACGGGCCGAUCGGCCACCGCCAAGAGCCUGGACGGCAUCCCCAGCCCGGCCCUCGAGAAGACCUCGGCCACCACCUCCCGCUCCUCCACCCCGGCAUCCGUGACAGCCAUAGAAACGAACGGGCUCUAAAGGGGAGAGUUCAUUUCACUCCAUUUGAUUGGUUUCUCCUGGUGGUGGGGGGGAAAGGGGGGGGGGGGGUUUAAGCCAAAAAACAACCCCCCCCCCCCCAACCCCACAGGGACUUGUCUCACUUGACACAUUGGACCCAUCGCGCCACCUCCUCGGGCUUUGCCAUCUCAUUCUGCCUUUUUCCUUUGGUGGCUGGUGGAGAACUGGUGUGGCCCUUGCCCGCAGCCCCUCUCCGUGCCGGGGGCCACCAGAGCAUCACUGGGGACCUGCAGGAGGCCGGGGGUGGGGGGGGGACCUGGACUGGCCGGAGAGCGCUGCUGGCACACGUAGGGGAUGCUGAGCCCCCUCCUCACGGAUCAAACUUCCUUUCCUGAGACUCCUGAGCCCUCUCCUCCUUCACCUGCCUUGCUCCCAUAACGUCCAUCUGGUUUUUCCCUGCUCCUGGCCACCGGUGUCUCCCACGUGCCUGUGUCCCAGCAGGAUCAUCCCAUCCUCCAGUGCAACAGCCAGAGGGACCCCCCAGGUCUCUGCUCCCCCCGGGGGGUGGGUGGGUGGGUGGUGGUUGCAGAGUUGGGAGGAGAAGAUUCCUCUGCUCUAAACCAAACGUGGGUUCCAGGGAAGUACAGAUGGGCCCUUCCUUGUGGCCUGGGUUGAACCCCGAUCCGUGACGGGACGGAGAGGUGUGUGUCACCCCGGGUGGGACCUUUGCCCAUCCAGAAAGGCUGCAGGUGGUUAUUGCCCUUCCCCCCGGGGUACCGGUGCUUUGCUGUGCAGAAAGGGGGUGGGUGGGUGGUUGUCCCUGUGUGGAAGCGGUUGGGUUGAGAGUUCCUGCCGUUGUUUUUAACCACAGAGACCCCCCCGCGAUGGCCAUGAGUUAUUUACAGCCUGUAGAAACCCCCCCCGCCUCCAUGCUCCUCUCCCCAGAGAUGCCCAGGGCUGCGUGGCCACCACCUCCUCCUCCUCCAGCCAUCGGAGACCGUCCCAAAAAUGCUGUCUGGGAGAGGGAGGUCCCUCAGGGAUGCCCCGGGGACAUCAGGGCUCAGAGAGUCCCUGCUGCAGCGUGGAAGGAGGGGGUUGGGGGCAGCGCAGACCCCACCAGCGCCCCAUGGCAGGGCUGCUCCGGGGGGCUCCGUGGAGAGGUCGGAAUCACAGCCUGAGGGAGCAGCAAUUUCCCACCCUGAGCACCGACGGGCUCUGGAAAAACAGCUCUUUUUGGGAAAGCCGUGUAGCCGUGACGGGUUUUGUGCCGGAGCCCAAUGAGGCGAGUAAUUCCCCAAUUACUCCUGAUGGCUUUUGCAAGGGGAGGCAAAUAAUAGGCCUGGAAUGAAUCCUCACUGGGGCUGCAGCACCCGGGGACCCGGCUCUGUCCCGGGGGGGAGAGCACUGCGGGAGCUGCCAACAUGGGCCAGGGGGGGUGACCCCAUCUCUGCCAGGUUCUUUUAUACAAAAAAAAAAGAAAAAAGAAAAAGCCACGAAGUCCAAAAGUUCAGAGAGCUGGGGAGCGUCCCCCGGGAGCUGGGGAUGCGGCUGCAGGGAGCUGAGGGACGAAUUCAGCCCCAAAUGGGGGUGACACCGGAGCCACCCUGUGCCCUGCAGCAGCAGCCGGGUCCCCGCAGCCCGGGGAGGGUGCCACCAGCCUGGGGGUGCUCACCGGAGGCAGAGGGGUGGCCCCCAACUGCCACAGCCCCAGCACAACAGGCCGGAGUCUGCAUCACGGAGGAGGAGGAGGAGGAGGAUGCGUGAUGUCCCCGGAGCUGGCAGCGGGGACCCACUGCCCCGUGGUGGGACAGGGGCAGGAGAGCAGGGCAGGGCCGGGAGAAACCGCUUGUAAAUAGAUCGUCUUCCAUAAUUCUCAUGCAACUUGGCUGGCCGUGUAUUCAAAUUAACCCCAGCGUACAUGGGUGAAAUACUAACAGUGGUGGAUAGAACGAUUGGGUCUUUUUGGGGUUUGCUUUUUUUUUUUUGUUUCUUAAACCUGGAAUGAUAAAUGUGAAACUGGGAACGCGGGAAGACUUUUGGUUGAGGUUUCUGAUUUUUUUUAUUUUUUUUUUUUUUGACAUUGAACUCUGUAAUAGAAAUUUGUUACUUCAUUCCUGUUCAUAACUUAUUUAAUGUACUGUAUAAAGGAACCCAAACUGUUACAGAUGGAUUUAGUUUGUUCUACUCCAAAGUAGUCAAUAAAAGGACUAUAUUCAUGGUA